AUGGAAGAGCAUGGCGACCAGACGCAGCUGCUGCCUGACGACGUGCUCGCGGCCGUCCUCGCCCGCCUCGCUCCGCGCGACCUCGCCACGUCCCGGUGCGUCUGCAAGCCCUGGCGGGACACCAUCGACGCUCGCCGCAUCCUUCGCGCCGACCUCCUCCCGCACUCGCUGGCCGGCUUCUUCAUCAACUUCAACGACCUCAGGUACUCAGAGUUCUUCUCCCGCCCAUCAUCACCCUCUCCGUCCGAGGGGCCCGGGAUCCAAGAGAAAGAGCUCAUCUACCUCACCAUGCAAGCUCACUGCAACGGCCUUCUCCUGGUCCGCGACACGGUGGCAAACCCGGCCACGGGGUGGAGGGCACCUUUGCCGCCGUCGCCGCCCAAAACACCGGGGAUGGAGUGCUUCAUCCAUGAUGCCUACCUUGCAUAUGAUCCUACGCUGUCGCCUCACUAUCAAGUCCUUCUCCUACCUCGUGUUCCCUACAUCGAGCUUGACAUAGAACCGGACGAGUACCCGUUGAACAUGGUUGACCCGGCAAUGUUUGAAUUGGAAUGGCCGCCAUCAUCGUGUGUGCUGCGUGUCUUCUCAUCGUUCACCAAGCGAUGGGAGGAAAAAGCUUUCUCUCGGGUAGGAGAGGCUGCAGGAACCGUUCUUGAAUUGGGGAUAGCAGAUAUAGGGAAUGAUUCCACCGCCGUCUACUGGCAUGGCGCACUCUAUGUGCGAUGCCAAAAAGGUUUUGUUAUGAGGUUAUCGUUAUCAAGCAACACAAUCCAAGUAAUUAAACCACCUGGAGAUCUUGAACCCGAGAGCUGCGAAAUUAUGCAUCACCUCGGAAAAUCUAGAAAGGGUGUGUAUUACGCAUCAAUUAAAGAUUCAUACCGACUUCAGGUAUGGGUUCUCAACGAAUCAUGCGCUUAUACUAAGUGGGAGUUGGAGCAUGAUAGGCACUUCAAUCUACUGCUAAACGACGGCCAACAAGUUUAUGGGCCCUGGAUCUUGCAAGAUGUUAACUACAACAACGAAGAGUAUAUCAAUGUUAACGGUGACGAUGGCACCACGGUAGUAGAAGACGCGGUGACCCUCGCCGGCAUCCGCCACUCCUCCUUGCUCAAGGUCCCCAACCCCGGCACCUCCCUCUCAUUCCCCCCCCUUCGCCGCGGCACCUUCUGCACCAGCGACCCUCGCGUCUCCCGCCUCGACGACGGCUUCCUGAGCUUGCGGCUCAAAGAUGGAGAAGGGCUGAAACCAAAGAUCCGGGAGGAAAUACCUGUAGAGGAACAGACUAGACAAGAUUUCAAUAGGAGCUGCAGAAGCUUGCAUGCAAGGCUCUCGGUGAAGAAGAGCAAGGCCGUGAGGGACCCCAACAAGCCGAAGCGUCUCCUCACCUCCCUGAGCUCCUUCGUAGUCUUCAUGAAUAUGUCAAAGAUAGCUCCAAGGGCUUAUGCUGCAACUCCGCCCAUCUGUUCGGACUCACCUCCUGUGCAGGUUCCAAUGCCGAAUCCAAGUUUGUAUCUUACUCUUGUUGGGACAACCUCGUAUGCAUCACCAUCCAUGUCUGACAAUUACAACGUUGCAAAUCUGAAUGAAUGGGAGACAUCAUGUUGGAUAACAGAGAGUGGGAAAGGCUACGCCUGGUUCUCAUCACAACAAAUCAAAUCAGCUGAGUACAUGACUAAUUUACAGGUAGGGAAGCCGUUGAAGAACUUCAUGAUCAUCUCCCGCAAGGGCAUGGUGGGCGUCGUCAGCAGCAUGCCGCCGAGGCUUGAGGCGAACGGAACCGAACGAGCGCCUGCUGAGGCGAGAACUGGGGUCAGAACGUUGAGCUAUGAGAGGAGCUGCUGUGCAACGACACCACCGAGAAAAGCCCUGCAGCAGCACUGA